AUGGCGUCCACUAAGCCGCUUGCCCUCUUUCUGCUGGCUUGCCUGGCGCCCGCCGCGUGGGCCGCCACUGUCAGCAAGUGCAUCUGGCGCAACGAUGUGGUGUGCGACGCGUCGCCGUCAUUCGUGAUCUCGCGCCUGCCGACCCUGGCCAGCAGCCCCGCGGACAACCCUCUAGCCGUCCAGGUGCUGCAGGGGUCUGCGAUGGAGGCGGCCUGCCACAUCUUUGAGACCUCGGCGGACUGCGUCGCGGCCGACGCCUGCACCUGGGACAACACCCUGACGCCGUCUUGCAAUGUCGACGCGUCGCUGCUGGCCCAGCGCGACGUGUUCAAGUCCGGCUGCCCCGGCUCCCUCAUGGAGUCCUACGUCCGCUGCGGCUCCGCCUUCAACGAGAAGGAGUGCGGCCGCAUGGGGCCCAGCUGCGUGUGGUACGAUGAGCUGCAGGUCGCGGCCGCCCAGGGCGGCAGCCACGGGCAGCUGCGCCACCUGUCGGAGGUCAAGGGUGCCGGGGGGUCGGCGCCGGCGCUCGCGCCGCGUGCGUGCAUGCCCAAGCAGAUGUUUGCGCUUGAGAAGAAAAAGGACAAGGAGGGCACCGCGAAGAUCAUGAAGCAGAUCGCGUCGCAGGACCCCGCAGUCUGGGGCGACUGCCCGGGCGUGGUGGCCCUGCGCGCCAUGGCCAAGAGCUGCACCGCCUUCUCCUCCCCCGGGACCUGCAAGGCCAGCGCGCCCCUCUGCCGCUGGAACGACCUCGUGCGCGCGUGUGUCGCCACCGGCGCCGGCCAGACAGCGUGGGUGCUGGGCGCCAACAGCACGGAGGUGGCCGACGGCGCCAAGGCGUGCGCGCGCGCCAGCAGCAAGGUGUCGUGCGCGUCGCUGGACACAGUCAGCGUCGACCCCAAGGUGUUCGCGUCGGUGCAGACCGGGGACUUCAGCACCACCAACGCAGCGGGCGCCCGCCGCGGCGCAGCGGCGGCGGCGGUGGUGGCGGCCGCGGCGGCUGUUGGGGCGGCGGUGCUGCUUUGA